ACUCAAACGUUGGAGCACGGAAAAAGGAAUGAUUCAAUCCAUCGUGUGACGUCAUCAGUCACGUUUUGUUUUGUUUGAUCGUUGUUGUUGUUGUUUUUUCUCUAUUUCGAUUAUCGUUGUUUCAGAUUUCAGAAAGUGUUUUUUCCUUUAUUCGGUCGGUUCUUUGGUUUCAAUUAGCUAAAUUUGUGUGAUUUUCAUUGCUUCGACAAUAUUUUGUGGGUUUUACAAUUGUUUUAUUUGAUUUCAUCUCACUUUUCGUGUUUCAAUCAAAAUACAGAAGUUCCGGUAACUAUAUCCAACGGCAAUAUUGUAAUUUAUUGAUCACUAUCAGUAUAGGAAUAAGAGUAACAUCCACAGUUCGAUACUUACCGCUUUACGAUGGCGGAUUGGAUUCAUUGCAAUAUGUGUUUCAUUCAACCUCGAGAAGGAGAUUCCAAUUUCAUAUUGACUAGUUGCGGUCAUGUGUUUUGUUCGACGUGUGAAAAUAAAGAUAGUGGCGUCGAGUGUAAAAUUUGCAAAACGUCUUGUUCCGUUAUCAAACUUCGUGGUGAUGUAUUACCGAAUGUCAAGGAGUAUUUCGAAGAACCGAUGGUGAUAGCUGAAAAAUUAUUGAAAGCGAUCAAGUUUCAAAAAGGACAUCGUAUGAAUUUAUUUAAAGCUUAUUCUAGAAACGGUGAAAAAUAUCAGAAGGCGAAAACUCAUAUACAGAAAUUAGAAUCGCAUAUUCGUAAAAUGGAAAGUCAUAUUCAGAAAUUAGAAAAGAAGGUCGAGUAUUAUGAAAAUUACAGAUCUCCGGGCGCGGCGUCUAAUUCUGAUCAGUUUACUUUUACUCCGUAUACAAAUAACGAUGCGGAAUCUCAAUCGCAUUUCUUCAACAGCAGUCAAAGUAAAAAGACCACCGUAGACACUCCUCGAUUCCCAAAACCAGAGUCCGGUUCAGCGUUUAAACAAUACAGACGUGAAGUAGAAUAUACGCCAGCUUCAGCGUCGCCAGCUGCUCAACAUACACCUCACAGUGCCGCUGAUUACAGACUUUCGCACAGCUCGCGUCAAACACCUCGAUCUUCGCAGUCUAAAUACCCAACGAGAACGCCGCCGUACAGCAUGCUGAAUAAUUUAAAGAUCACCGGAAGCCGAAAAUAAGCUUUGAAACACGUCCGAAUUUUAGUUUCAGAAUUUCUAAACGAAACUCCGGCCUAAAAAGAAUUUCCAGUACGUCAAGAAUUUAAUUUCGAGUGGCAAUUUUUUUCGCUUCGUUUUAAUUUAUUCUGGUAACUCGAAGAUAUUUACUUUUACUUCAAUGAAGAGAAAUCGCAUUUCGUCGGCAUACAGAUUACGUUAGAAGAAUAUGUUUUCUUUUGUUCCUCGGUUUAUUUAUUUCAUUUUGAACUUUUUUUUUUCUACCUAUCUCUUAAUAAAUAUAAUUUCGAUGACAUCCAUCUGCUA